AUGUCACUUGAAACAGAUAAGGAGCGAGUCACAUGCCUUCUUUUAAUAAAUACUCAGCUCAUGAAGAAAGCUAUCAACAUUUAUACAAAUCUCCUAACAAAUAAGCAGAUACUACUGCAAAUACCACCUCAAAAUAAGCAGACUAUAAUGGAGCUGUAUCAAAAUUGCACUAGAAGAAUUCAUUGCAACUUAUCCGUAUUAACGUAUAUCAACGAAAAAUAUAAUUCAGAUGGUUCACAAGGUGCGAAUAGCGUGCAACAAGGAAGACCACAGUUUCCAUUUAUAAUGUCCGCACCACCUGAUAUGCCGGAACUAAACCAGUUGUAUUCAAAACUUCAAGAGCUAUACCCCGAAGCCCUUCAAUUCUUGAAGAUGAAGAUUCAACAAUUGAAAAAGAGCCAGGGCCAACAGGGCCAACAAGGACUGCCAUUGAAUAGUGGACUUGGGGCUCCAAAUCCUGCAAUUGGUGUUGCUUCACAAGGACCUGGUGGAGCUAUGCCUCCUUCAAUGACUGGAGCUGGACUCGGAGGAGUAGGCGGUCUUAUAAAUCAGAGUCCUGCUACCCAGCAAUUCCCUCCACAUCAAAUCUCUCAUACUCCACAUCACCAACAACAAUUUAUGGUGAAUUCGCCAGCACCUUCUAAUGUUUCUGGCGAUGCAUCAGCAUUCAAGUCGAAUAACGACUUCAAUGGUGGUGGUGGUGGUGGAUUUUCAGGUGGAAAUAGCUCCAUUUACGAUCCUAGUAUGCUCAUGCAACAACAACAGCAGCAACAACAACAACAACAAUAUCAACAGCAACAAAAAUCUAGUAUUUCUCCUCAGCUGAUCUUGCAAAUGAACCAGGGCAAUGGAAAUGGAGGCAAUGGCAAUUCCAAUGGAAUGUUAGAUUUAUUUUAA